CUCGUGGCUGGUUGUGAGGACGUCAAGUUUCCUGGAGUUAAUCCCAGCAAAUUGCUGACAGCAGAGGCGGAACAACUUCAUGAGAAUAAACACUGUUGUCGGGUAAAAUUAAUUUCUGUGGCUCGGUGACAACACCGGGUCAAGCGCGAACGUUUCAUCUCAGUUUUCUACUCUGAACCGAGUUUUUGUUUUUUUAGUUUGUUUUUUGUGGGCGUGCUCAGUUUCGUUUCUUUCGCACAGUUUUGUCGCAGACUGUGAGUCGGGUCAGAUGGCCGACCUGGACGAGUCCGGCUUUUCCCUCAUGAGCCUGGAGGACGAGCUGACCUGCAGCAUCUGUCUGAGCACCUUCGACUGCCCGGUCACCAUCCCCUGCGGACACAACUUCUGCCAGAACUGCCUGCUGUCCUCCUGGACCGACUCCUACAGCUGCCCCCAGUGUCGCACCCACUUCGCCACCAGGCCAGAGCUGAAGAAGAACACGGUCCUCAGCACCGUGGUGGAGACCUUCCGGGUCAAGUCCGGCAAGACCGAAGAAGAAGAAGGGGAGGAGGAUGAGGACGAGGAGGAUGAGGACGAGGAGGAUGAAGAUGAGGAGGAUGAAGAUGCGAGGGAUGACGCGGUCCGCUGUGACACCUGCAUGGAGGCGGAGGCAGCCCAGACCUGUCUCACCUGCAUGGCCUCCUUCUGCGAGGAGCACCUGCGGCCCCACCGGGAGAACCCCGUGUUCCGCCUCCACCAGCUGACGUUCCCCCUCGGGGACCUGGAGGAGCGGAUCUGCAGCGAGCACCACAAGAUGAUGGAGCUCUUCUGCACCGACCACGGCCGCCUGAUCUGCAGCCUCUGCCUGCAGCAGGUCCACAAGGGCUGCGGCUUCACCUCUCCGGAGGAGCAGCGGAGCAAGAAGGAGUCUGAAUUCAGGGACAAGUUGGACAUUCUGAACUUGAAGAUUGACAGGACCGACGUCAUCGUGCUUCAGAUGAACGAGCUGCAGGGCAAGCUCAAGGACGCAGCGAGCAAGAGGAAGAUGGCGCUGGCUGCUGUGUACCAGCAGAUCGGGGAGAUGUUGGCUCAGGACGAGCGCGUGGCCCAGCAUGAGGUGGACUGUGAGCUGGAGGCUAGUCUGGCCAGACUUCGCGACCUCACAACAAAGUUCGUUGACAACAGCGAGAGGAUGACGAAAGCCAGAGAGAAGAUCGACAGUCUUUUGAGUCAGGCGGGGACGCCGGCCUUUCUGCAGGCUUCAUUCGAGUUGCCCCGGGUGGUUAAGUUUGACCCCCACACCCCUCGAAUUAACCUGGACUCCAAAAGGGUGAUGGCAACACAGAGCUUUGCUGCCACCCUGCAGGAGAACCUGAUGACGCUCUUCACUCAGCCGUUUGAGGCCAGAGUACCACUGCUAAAACCAGGACAAGCAGAAACUUCUUUCUCUGGAGCUGCAGGAGGAGAAAACAGUCCAGCCUCGGCCCCCGAGUCUCAUUCCUCAAAGCCUCCAGAGCAAAGACCUCCACCCAGCUCCCAUAGUCCAGGUCGUCCACCUGUCCCGAGCUACUACCAAGCCGCCCAUUUUCCUUUUUACAUACAGGCAAAGCCAUCAUGGAGUCUGCAGCAGAAUCAACCUUCUGGUUUUUCCAGGCCUGCGUUCUUCCACGAACAGAAACCACCUUCUCAGAAAAGUCCCGGAGGAAUGUCUAAGAAAGCAGUAGGAAAACCAGUCGGUAAACCAGUCGGUAAACCAGUCCACAAAGUGGUACCGAGUCGGGGUGGAGACGGGAAGCAUCCGCCCCAAAGCAAAGACAAGAAGGCUGACGGUGGCCACCAAGGCUCUCAAAAGCAAGGCAAAAAGCCACCAAGUGCACAAGGAGGACAGAAGCCUGGGGGGAAAAGACCCGACUCUGCUAAGAAAGACAAGCCGAAAGGACAGCCGCCGUCAGGGAAACCGGCCAGGCCCAACCCACAUCCGAGAAAAAAUAAGUAGCGGUGAGCGUCGGAGUUCAUCAGCAGAACCUGAAGGGACUGAUGGACCUACGCACAGUAACACUGUUGUGAUUGUUAUUAAAUGAAACUGUUUGCUUCAUGUUUUAUUUGGGGUAUUAAACUUAACCAGCCUUUACUCCUUAUUCAAAUAUAACUAUAGUUAUAAACUCAGUUAGUCAUUUAUGACUUGCUAAGUAAUUCUUAUAAUCUCAUCUGACCUGAAUGAAAUUAUAAACUUUGCAUGCACCUUAUCUGCGCUGUUGUGUGGCAUCUGUGCGUAGAUCCUGCCACCUGCUUUAUAACGCGAAGCGUCGAUAUUUAAAAGUUAGAUAUCACAUUUUUAACUGUAUAUUGAACUGUAGAAACACGAGAAUAUGUUCAUCUGUUUAAAAAGAACACAAAUGGAGGAAAAAAGGCUCAUCACUGCAUUAGUCACGAUUUUGUAUGUGAAAACAUGGAAUAUCCAACUUCAAAGAAGAACAACACAAAAAAUCUCAAAGUUUAAUUUCCACUUCAGGGAUUGAGGUGAUGCAUCCCAAACCGCUUUCCAAGCUCUAUUGCCAUCAGAAAUGUAAAUGUUAAUUUAUUCUUCGUCUCAUCGAUUGAACUGAAUGAAAACACAGAAACACCUCGGCUAUGUAUGAAAAUAUUUAUGGGAAUGUCUUCAAAUUCAAAACAUCAUCUCUUUACAUUCAUCUCAAUCAAAGUUGGUUCUUGUCACAUUUUGUAAACAGCCAUUCUUUCAUGAUUGUUGGCAUUAAACGCUUGUUUUCCUCUGA